UCCGCUUCCGUCCUUCGCCGCAUCAAAACUUUUUGCUCUUCUAGCCGACAGCAACCUUCACCUCUACCACAAACCGACACAACUUCACCUUCACCAUGGUGCGCAAUAUUGUUGUUCUGGGAGGCAACUCCCACCCGCAACUCACAGAAAAUGUCUGCCAAAUUCUUGGUGUUCCGGCAAGCAAUCGCAUUCUUGGAAAAUUCUCUGGCGGCGAGAGCCGUUGCGAAAUCAAGGACUCAGUUCGCGGCAAAGAUGUCUACAUCAUACAAUCUGGCUCCGGCAAUGUAAACGACAACCUCAUCGAUCUCUGUAUCAUGAUCUCAGCCUGCAAGACUGGCUCUGCGAAACGAGUCACCGCCGUUGUCCCACUCUUCCCUUAUUCGCGACAACCCGACUGGCCCUAUAACAAAGCCGGCGCACCUUUGUCGCAGAUCUCUGGUGCUUCCAAAGACUACACAUUUGAGAGUGUUCCUCCCACGCCUCGUCCAGGUGGCCCUAAGUCAGCUGGCCUGCCCAAUGGUGUCAACAACUUGACCGAGAAGCUCUCAAAAACAGCUCUCGCAAACGAGGGCGCGACAAAUGGUGCUAACGGCAAUAAUGGCGUCUUCAGCACUCCUCGUCGCUCAGACACCAUCUCGAGCAGCACCUCUGAGGCCCGUGGACACCACGCAGAGAACUCGACCUCUUCCCAGAGGAAUGCUUACACCACUCACGACUAUGAGAACCAGUCAAACAUCUCUGCUUUCCAGCCUAAGCCUGGUUACAAGCAGUGGAUCGCUCAGGCUGGUACUCUCGUUGCCGACUUGCUCACCUGCGCCGGUGCCGAUCAUAUUAUCACGAUGGACUUGCACGAUCCUCAGUAUCAGGGCUUCUUCGACAUUCCUGUCGAUAACCUGUACGGAAAGGCGCUACUCCAGAACUACAUCCAAUCUCAAAUUCCUAAUCACCACACCGCUGUCAUUGUGUCUCCCGAUGCUGGAGGUGCAAAGCGAGCUACUUUGAUUGCGGACAGUCUCAAGACUGACUUUGCUCUGAUUCACAAGGUAAUACCACAGAAUUCUGAUUUUGCUGCUUUUGAAAACUCAUGUCUUGCUACAAAGGAGCGACGGCCCAUUCGAUUUACCGAGCAUCGUAACGCCAGUAUGAUGCUAGUUGGAGAUGUGUCAAACCGCAUCUGCAUUCUAGUUGACGACAUUGUCGAUACUGGUAACACGAUCACGCGUGCUGCGAAGCUUCUGAAGAAGGAGGGCGCUACUCAAGUCUAUGCCCUCGUCACCCACGGUGUCUUCAGUGGCGACGCUAUCGCUCGCAUCAAUGCUUCUGCCAUUGACAAGAUGCUUGUAACCAACUCUGUUCCUCAAAACGAGCAUCGCCGUCUUUGCCCUAAGCUUGAGGUACUCGAUAUCUCGGCCGUUUUUGCUGAGGCUAUCCGUCGUGUUCAUCACGGCGAGUCUAUCAGCGUCCUUUUCCAGCACAACUAGAGUGCUGGAAGCGCACUUACGGUUUGUCAACAGGAUUUCAUCUACUCAAAUCAUAUGAGGGCUCGUUUCCUCAUGAAUAGCACCACGU